GACAAGUCAUGGCGGAGCGGUAUGACAUUGCGUGUCAAGCGUGACAUGAUAAUGGAGCGGUCUGAUUGGUCAGUUCCGUUACUGAUUGGUCGUGAGGCUCAUAUCUGGCCCGACCCUUUUGUAGCUCGCAUCUCUUUUCAAUCGUCCUGUGGAAACUGCAGUAAAAUCUUUAUUUUUGAACGAAAAACGGAACAGUUACUGCGACCAGAACCCCGUUGAAUUGGACUAACCAUUGGAGUCAAAGGAGCGAAGUUUCACGAGAUUAUUCCGCUUGUGAAGUUUUAACCUUCGAGACAAAUGGUGCAGUGCUUUUCUUGUGACAGGAAACUGACGAAAACAACUUAAACAAAGGAUUUCUUAUGCUUAGCCACACAACUCUAGUCAACAAUCAACAUCACGAAAAUAUGGAACUCUCCCUUAGCAAAAAAUUAUGAAUCAUUAAUCAGUGAAUGUAUGGUCCAAGACUCGCUGUAACAGACAGCUAGCCGUGGUGUUUAAGUGAUGACAGUAUCAGUUGGUGUAACAUCUUGUACACCUCAGGCUAAGGAUCUAGAAAAAGUAGAAAAGGCUCCACACGGAGAUAACUUUGAUAAAGAAGGAGAAGACUUGAAAAAUGACAUGGCUAUAUGUAAUGGGCAAAGAACAGCUGAUUUAAACUUAUCUUCAAGAAUUGUUGAAAAUAUUGAAAAUGCAUCCAGCAAGGUUAUCUGCUCUUCUGAUGUGUACUCUGGACCCUCCAAGGAGGAUGCAGUUGUGACUAAUCAAGUGGACACCCUUGAGGUAAACAAUGUGUGUGUCAAUCCAAGUAAGACCAUGAAGCAAGGUCGUGUGGUCAGUCGUGGGAGAAGGAAAAGUGAUAACAAGGAGUACAACCAAAAGUCUCAAGGUGGUGGAAGAAAUCGUGGACGGAAGAUCUCCAAAGGCACUAGAGAUUACGAGAACAGUUCAAGCAAUGGUGGUAAUUCUGGAGCAGAUGGCAAUGGAGAGGAUAAUGGUAGUGACGAUGAUGAUGAAGAUGAUGAUGCAGAUGAAGAUGAUGACGACGAUGAUGAAGAUGAUGAUGAUGAGGCAGAGGAUGAUGACGAUGAUGAGGAUGAAGAGGAAAGUAAAAAUGAGGACGAGGAUGAUGAUAUCUCUUUAAAUGGAAAUGAAAAGAAUGGGAAGGAAACCAAAAUCAAGCAGGAGCCGUCAGAUGAUCAAGAGACAUCAAUCAAUUUGUCCCAUCAGAUGUUUCCUGCUGGACUACAAGGAUUCAUGACAGGUUUGGAUGGUAAUAUUCCAUUAGCCAAUCUUCUAGAAAAGCUGCCCAACUCAGUGUGUCAAGGAGAUGAGAACAGUUCAUCGCCUGCAGCUCCUGGUGUCCCUGUGACUCUCCAUGGGAUAGUGUGUCAUGAAAUUGGAGGAGUAUUGGUUGUUAAUAUCAAAUGGAGAAACAAAUUUUAUUGCGGCUCUCUGAUGGAUUGCUCAAGACAUGCCUGGGCCAGUCCAAGAUUUCCAGCCAUGGAUGGUGGUGAAAAUGAAAUGAAGAUGGGUGGAAAAGGUGUGAAGGGAAAGAGGAGACAGAAAAAUAGCUCAGUAUCCUCGUCUGCAGGAAAUGCCAAUAAAGAAGCCACACCUCUGAAGCACAAACUGCGUGGGCGAAAGAGGGGAGUGUCGGGCUGCCCUCCUCCAAAAUCCCAAGGGUUUAAAGGAAUGGGAAAAAGAAGGUCCAAAAAUAUGGAUGAUUAUGAUGAUGGCCCACGCCCUGGAAAGCGAAGCUGUACAAUAAAGACAACGGUAUCACCUCAACCAUCUCCCACCUUGAUUGAAUGUCCUGAACCUGGUUGUGACAAAAAGUACAAGCAUAUCAAUGGAUUGCGCUAUCAUCAAGCACAUGCACACUUGGAAGAGUCCAACCAAUCAGAUGAGAGAUCUGCAAGUACCAGUCCUUCACCUGUAGAAGAGUUCAAAGAACCUGAUACUAAGCCAGGUUUCAAAGGAAGGACGUCACGUGUCAGUGCCAGAGCAAGGAGUGUGUCUCCAUCGCUAGCUGCUGCUCUUGCUGCCAUUAACGAGAGGAAGAAUGAUGCAUCAUCCAGAGUAUCAGGUGGCAAGAAAAAGGAAAUCACUGAGCCAUGUGUGGAUUUGACAAAUGCAAAGGAAGGUAAAGAAUCCAAUUUGACCAUUCCUACAAAUGAGGAAGACAGUGCUAUGGAUGACACUUCUGUAUCAUUUGUAGAAAGCUCGGAUAAAUGUCAACAGGCUUGUGAACAUGAGAUCAGGAAGGAAAAUGAUAACCAAAAAAAUGUUGAUCAAGCCAAACACAUUGAUUCAAAGUCUGGCUUUAAGCCUGUACUAGAAGAGCAGCAAAUUGCAGUAAAGAAUUUGGAAAAGGAACAGGUUAAGGACUCUACAAACUUGACAACAUGUACAAAAACCACAGCUGAAGUACUAACAAGAGAAAUGCCAGACACUAGCACAGUUGGAAUAAAAUCUGAGCCUUCCCAGGGCAGUCAAGAGGUAUGGGAAACUGCAGUUAUUGACUGCGGAGUUAGUGGGCCAAAUGGCAGUGGAAAAUCCCAUGACAUGGAGACAAUUAGUAUAAGUCAGGUUGAGGACAUGGAGAAAGCUCUUGCUGAAAACAACUUCAGUGGCAAACAGUCUGACAACCAGCUUAGUAUUCCUGGUAUGCAGCCAGUGGAUUUGCGGCAGGCUGUUGACACUGGAGUAGGGCUUAUUAAUCAGCUAGGCAUUGAAGUUGAGGACAUCAGUGAGAAUGAAGAAGACAUUGAUCCUGGCCAAGAUUCUGAAUACACAAACAAGGACAUGACUAGUCUGCCAUGCUCUUCCAUUAUUGACCAGAAAAAUUCUUCUGGAAUAAGUAUUACAAGAGGAUUACCUUUUGCAAAUGAAGGCUAUUUAACCCAGGUACAGAAAUCAGAAGUCAACUUGGACAAGAAUUUUGUGAGCUCGGACACACUGAGAGCUAAGCUUGGGAGUAGCUUUUAUUUUGAUGUUAGAAAACAGAACACUUCCACAGAUGUGAAAAACAGCAAAGAGAAAAAUGUGAAAACUGUAUCCAAAUGUGAGAGUGAAAACAGUGAUUUAUGGACCAGUUCUUCUGAGAAUUUGUCUGCACAGUCAUCAGUUCUGAGGAACUUUGAAACAAAACAAACAGCUUUAGAGGACAAAGCUGGGAAAACUACAAAUGCAGGCAUUUCCAUGGAAGCUCUUGUUUCCAAGAGCAUUUCUCGAAGUGCUGUUGAGCCUCCACUUACCAAUAGUGAUGCUCCAUCAAUGAGAUACAAAUUCUUUGAGUGUAGAAACUAUGGUGAUAGUAAUUAUGACAAAUGCAUCAGGACAUCAGAUGUUGAUCAGAAAGGAAAUGUUGACUCUAAGGCCACUCUUGCGCCUAUAAGAUAUCCAGAACUUGUUCGGAAUGGUGCCAAUUCUGAUGCACUUCAAAAUCAGAGCGAUUCUUUGUCUGGUUCUGGAAGUGCAAGAACAGGUUUGAAUGUCAAGCUUUCAAGUAUAGAAGAGAGUGAUAGUGAUGGUAAAAUCAACAACAAAAACUUACCUCUACCUACCAGUAACACUAGAACUCAUAGUCCAAUUCCAGAAGCUUUAAACAGGAAGGCUGGGGUUUCUAUGGAACCUCAUCACUCAACAAAAAGCCCAAGUUUUAUUACUUCAUUACCUGGCAGUUCUGCAUUGCAAUCAUCCUCAUCAAGACCAGGAUUUGACUCUAGCAUUCAAUCACCUUCAUCUCUUUCAAUUGCUGGUUCUAGGCUGCAUUCUUCAAUGGUUGACAGGAAAACUCCAUCAAGUCCUUUUCAACCUGUCAUAGUAAAACAUGAAUUUCAGCCUACAGAGACAACAAAAGGGAUCAGACAAGAGGUAAACACACCAGGUUUUACACCAGCAGACUUGAAAGUACCUUUCAUGUCUUCACUGUCCCUAACAUCAGGGGAGCAAAGCAAACAAAACAUGGUGUCCAAGGGAAGUUAUGGAUUUAAUGAAUCAAGAGGUAACAGGAAAAGCCCUCUUCCUGGCCAAGGAACAGAGGAUCAUGAAAAGUCUUACAAGGCAGCAGCCAGAGCUCUGGCCAGACCACAACCAGCUUUGAUUUCAAGGAGUAGUAAUUCACUUGCUCCAUCUCUUCCUGUGGGCGUUGCCCAUCCUUACCCAAGGGCUUCAGAUGGUGGAUUGGCAUCAAACCAUUUGAAAGCCUCUGAACAUAGCACUUCAGCCACUGUUUCAUCUGUGACAUCAGUAACCUAUUCAAGUACUUCUCCCAGACCAAGUGCCAUUGAUGUGUCUGCAGAGUUGUCGCAGCCAGAGAACAAAGCUAAGCAACUGCAAACAUUGCAAGUGCCUAUUCCAGUGGGAGAAGUGUCACCAGUAUCACUAAAGAGAAGUCCAGGACCUGCCAUUCAUUCUGGCCUUCCAUCUGUUCUGCCAAUCAUUGGACCAGGAAUAAAAACUCAGGGAUCUGUGUCAUCCCACCCUAGCAUUAGGCCAGGAAUAAAAGCUUCAGGGAUGAAUGAGCCAGUUAGAAGUGAAAGAAAAAAUGAAACUUUGUUCAGAGAAGCAUCAGCCUAUGCAACCUCAAAGUCACCUGUACCACACUCCUUAGCCAUGUCAAAACCCUCCCCAGAAGGAAACAGCCCUCAACAGUCAUCUGCUGGAACAGCAUUACAUCAAAAAUCAAGAGCAUCUGAUGGUAGCAGUCAGGAUGACUCUGAAGUCGUCAUUGUGAAAGACGAACCUCUCACUUAUAGUUCUUCAAAGGAUAAGGCUGUGGCAGAGAAAGAGAGAGAAAGGAGAGACUUAAGGGACACUACUGCAGACCUGAGUUACAGAAUGCAUGAACCCAUUUCUGCAGAACAGCUGCGCAAUUUACAGUUUCAACAGCAGUUGACACUGCACCAGUACUACCAGGCUGGUGGCAUGUCAAUGGAGAUGUUGAAGAGUCUCAGUCAGCUAGCGUACAUGCAGGGCAUGCCUGUAGAUCCCAAGGCUACAUUUGCAGCCCAGGCUCAGUUGUUCCAAAACAUGCAGCCAGAGCAACAGAUGCAACUGAUGCAGCUUCACAGACAGAUGAUGUUAGAACAGGAGAAAAAGGGAGUGCGCAGUAGCAGUUCAAGCCACCAGGAAGUAAGAAAUCUUGAGAAAAAGGAGACUCCAAAACCAAGUGACCGAGUGCAGGAAGACAGAAGAAUGUAUGAGUCAGGCAUUAAGAAAUCCCCUCAAAGGAGGGCGCACCAGGAUGAUAGCGAUUUCCGUCGAUUUCCCAGUCAGAGUGAGAGUUUACAGUAUACAUCAAGAGGGUCGCCACCUAAAGUAGUACAGCACAAACUUUCAUUGGAAGAACCUCCUGAAAAGAAAAGCAGAGCUGAUGAUUCAUAUGAACGGGAGAAGGAGAUGGAGCGUCUAAAGUACAAGCAAGAAGAGCAACUCCUUCAGAAACAGAAACAUGUGCUACAGAUAUCUAUGUAUAAGCAAUUAGAGAAUGAGCUACAAAACAAACAGCUGGGUGGCACCUUUCCUCGCAAACGUCAGGCAACCCCUGAAAAAUCAGAGAGACACGGAAGCACAAGAGAAGAGGAUAGAGUAGAAAAUGUGGCUGGAGGUGCAAGGGAUUUGAUUUAUCACCGUCCUCAGGAGUCAGCAACAAGCACUGCAAAGGCAGCGCACCAUCCCUUGGAGGCAGAAAAUUCCCAAACAUCUCCCCGUGGUCAUGUUGGUAAAUCUCAAUCUCUUUUGGCACCAAGAUCUCCAAGACCAUCAAGGUCACCUGUACCCACAUCAAGAUACAAAGAAAAUGCAUCUGCUUCAGAUGAAAAGAGAGAUGGCUCAAACUCACUUCCUGCCAACUUCAUGCCUGCAAAUCAGUUUCAGGCAUAUCUGUCACAGCUCAACUUUGAUCAGUCUACAGGGCAACUCCCCUGUAUGGGUGCACAGUUCUCCCUUCCUCCUGGACUGGUCAUGAGCAUGCCAAUAACCAGCCACGGAGAAUCUAGUCUCGUAACAUCAAUGGCUUCUGCUAGUCGGGAGAGAGAAGCAAGAAGUCCCUAUAGAAGUGCAGAGAGGGACCGAACCUCAACACCUACAUCCCAUUCAAACUCGCAAUCUCGAACGUCAACCUCUGAAUCCCAUGAAAGGCUACAAAGACUCAAAGACAGUACUGAGAAAGAAACUCGACAUUCACCAGGUAUGUACCAGGAAGAAAGGGCCAGGAAUCGCAGUACUGCCAAUGAACAAAAUGUUUCUCCCAAGUCUAGCUCAAGAGUGUCUGAUUUUAAAGGGGAGGACAACUCUCUACGUGCUCAUCCAAGUAUCAUCUCCAACAAUCUUGCAAUCAGUAGAAUGGCAGGCCACAUGGAUGUUCUUAAUGAGGAGGAAAUUAUUAGAAGACAGAGAUUUGCUGCAGAAUACAGUGACCCUAGUCAAGCCCUGCGCAUGGGUUAUUAUGUUGCUCCUGGUCUAAUUGGACAGUUGGAUCCUGCCUAUGCAGCAUCCAUGAUGCAAUCUAGUCAACACCAACACAUGGGCAGAGGCAUGGAGCAUUACAUAACAAAAAGGCAAUGAGUUAUUACAAGCCAGGAUACAUCAGGGAUUCUGCCACUAUUUUUUAACCUGUUGUUUUACAGCUGGAAAAUACUUGUUUCGUGAUUUAUUAACACCUAUAUUAUUGAUUUUGAAGAUAAGGUUUCUUGUGGAAGUUUGACUUCCUUGUCAAUGUAGCAAUAUUAUAUUUCUACAAUGUACUAGUUCAACAGGUAGUUUUGUUACCCCCAUAGCUCAAGAAGGGUUUUCAGUUUCCAUACGUCAAUUUUAAAUUGAGAGUGUGACAAGAAUUAUUUUAUCUUGAGAUUUUCGCAACACUUACGAGUGUACAAUCCAUAUGUUUGUUUUUAGUUUGUGCUGGCAGCAGUGAAGUAGGAUUGAAUGUUUAGUGUAAAUACUGCUUUGCAUAGAAAUGCCAUGUUGGUGCGAAAGGUUUAACUGCUUGAAUGUUUUCUUAAAAUACAUACAGAAAAGCUCCUAGAGCUGCAUUCAAUUUUCACAUUCCAUGCAAAAAAGUAAACUAAGAUUGUGCUAACUACAGUGUAUCUCUUUUGUAUGCAAACUAACACUUUAAGAGAAUUUAAGCGUAGCCUUUAUUGUGCAAGGCAAAAAAGUUUAUUUUUUAAGAUUGUAGCUUUUGUACUGAAUGCAUUCAUGAUUAUUUCAGCAGCUGAUGUUCCCUUUUUUAACAAAAAAAAUUUCACUUAAUGGUGGCUUGUUUUGCAGUAGAGUUCAUUUAGAGUUUAAGAAUCUCAAUGUCAACUUUGGUAGUUUUAAUAAUGGUGAAAACUAUUUUUGUAAGGAUAGGUAUUUUUUGUAAAAUUAAAUGUUUCCAACUAAUUUGUAAAUUUUUUGGGGGUGGAUUAUUAUGUCAUGUGUGGAACAUGAAUAAAUAUAAAAUAGGAUCUUAGAAUAAUUAAAAACAAUUUGUAGUGACAAUUUGUUGUUAUUUUGUUUAUAUGGUUGGGAGUACCACCAUGGAGAUAUGCCAUACAUGAA